CAAGAGCUGGUGCUACAAACUUUGGAGUCCGGACCCCUGGAUUCGGGGUUCCCGCGACUGGACAGCCUCACAGAGCCUUGGAAUGUAAGGAGAAGAACGACGGCGACGGCAAAAGUGCUGGCCAAGGCAGAAAAUGGCCAAGGAAAGGUGCCUUAAGAAGUCCUUUCAAGAUAGUCUCGAAGAUAUAAAGAAACGAAUGAAAGAGAAAAGGAACAAAAACUUGGCAGAAAUUGGCAAACGCAAGUCUUUUGCAGCUGCACCAUGCCAAGUAAUCACCAGCACUUCCACACUGCUGAAAAAUUACCAAGACAACAAUAGAAUGUUAGUUUUAGCUUUGGAAAAUGAAAAGUUCAAAGUGAAAGAAGCCCAAGAAAUCAUCCUACAGCUGAGAAAAGAAUGUUACUACCUCACGUGUCAGCUAUAUGCAUUGAAAGAAAAACUUACUUCACAACAAACAGAAGAAACUGCUCAGAACCAGGAAGUAUGUCCCUCUGGAAUGGACUCCAAUAGUGGUGACAACUCCAGGGAAUUAUUUGUAAAGGAUUUACUGCAAAUUCCUCUUCAGGAAGCUGAACUUUCAGGACAAGGCAAAUCAUUCCAAAUACAAGAGCAAAUAUCUCCUGUUCAAGAAACACUGAGAUUUGAUUUUGAAUCAAGUGAAGAUAAGCCUACUGAUAAUGUCUUACCUAGAACCGUAUCAGUUCGUCACAAUUUAAAGAAACAUUGCAACAAUCUGUAUCAAUUUGAUACCUUGGAUAAUUUUGAAACUAGUCAUUUGACAGGGGAACUUUUUGAAUUGGAAAGAAUUCGAGUUCCAGACCCGCUCAUAAAUGUACACAUACCUGAAAAUGUAGAACGAAACGUCUGUCAAUGGAACAAGGACCAAAUUAACUUAUCACCAAAGUUGAUUUACCCAGCAAGCCUUAGUAAAACAAAAGAAAUCAUUUUAGAGUGUAAAUCUGAGCAAACCAAAACUAAACAUAGAGAUACACAAAGAAGAAAAAGAGAAAAGAAAAGAAAAAUUAACAGAAAAAGUAAAUCAAAGUCUAUAUCAAGGUAUAAAGGGAGCAAGCAUGAAAAUAAAAAAACCGUUUCCAAAAAAAAUUUAGAUGAAUCUUUCAGUUCCAAUGAUGCUUACAAUUUUAAUUUGGAAGAAGGUAUUCAUCUCACUCCUUUCCGGCAAAAUAAAAAGAGCAGUGAUUCUGAAAGAGAAGAAAGCAAAAAUGGCUCUGAAGUAAGCAUUUGUGAAUCAAGUGAGUCAGGAGAUGAUUCUGAUGACCUCUAUUUACCUUCUAAAACUACCUGCAAGUACAUUCAGAAUCCCACUAGCAAAUCAGAUAGAAGUCUCAUCACCAGGCCUCAAUCUAAAAGGCAACUAAAAUAUACAGAUGAAAAAGAGACCCAGGAUUCCGAGCCAACAAAAAUUCCUACCAGUGCACCACCUGAAACUUACCAGUCAACUCAUCUUGGUCUGAAGGAUAUUACAAAUGUUUCCUUAAGUCCUGUAGUGAAAAUCAGAAAACUUUCUCUUUCACCCAAUAAGAAUAAAGAAAGCCCAGCAGUGUCUCCGCGUAAACGUAGGUGCACAGCCACUGUAAACUAUAAGGAACCUACACUCUCUUCGAAGUUGAGAAGAGGGGACCCUUUUACAGAUUUGUGUUUCUUGGAUUCUCCUAUUUUCAAGCCAAAAAAGGACUCCAGGCACAGUUCAAAAAAAAAGUGUAUUAAGCAAAUACAGUGAAGCUUUCGUUGGAUGCCAUUGAAAUUCAUCAUCCACUCCACUCUGUUACUCGAAGAAAAGUUCGUAAGAUAGCACAUGAGUGAAUUAGUUAUUGUCAUAGACUAUUCUCUUGACAGAACUAUAUAGAUCAUGAACGUUUCUUCAAAACUAUACUUAAAAUGUGAUGGUUGAUCUUAACCUUUAAUAAAUUUUGGUUUAUUUUUUCUUGUGAAUAUAAGUAUCUGGACUUAAGCACGAUAAUGGUUUAGAUUUCUUAUAUUGCCUAAAAUCCUUCAUUUUAAUCAAAAUGUCUUUUUUACCAAAAGUUUGAAAAUUAAUAAUGAUUAUUCAAAUUAAGAUGCUUUAAUUAAAAGCUUUCGGCAUCUUUAUUUUUCCCUUAAGUAGGGGAUGCUAGAGUGAUUUUCGAAGACAGGCUGAGGACCUUUUGAAAUUCCUUAUAAUAUUUGAGUGAAGUAAAUCCUUGACAUUCACAACAGGAUAUACCUUAAGUUGUUUGUGGAUCCUUUAUAUCACAGUUGUGUUUAAUUUUUCAGAUAAAGUAUAUAUGAGAUCGUGAUUAGAGAACUGAUGGUUACUUCGGCUCAAGGACUAGCUAAGUGACAAGCCCUGAACCUAAAGCUCUAAGGGCACGUUGUUCAAAGUGAUGCUUCACAAAAUCACAAAUCAUUAUUUUGUAGACUUUCAUGAUAGCUCUAAUUUACUAAAAAAUCUCAAGUGUUAAAUGUGUGAAUACUGAAGUUUUUUUGUAUUUGCUCUAUGUAAGUUUUUGAUCAACAAAUGAGGGAAUUAGUCAAUUUAGAAAGUUUGAACCCUAUACUUGUAAG